AGGGAGGAAAGUGGGAUGACAACAAGCAUCGAAGAAAAUCUCUCGUACCCUCCCCUCCCAUCCUCCCCUCUCUCCGGCGGGGCCGUUGGGCUGUCGACGAGAAGACGGCCCUCGGGUUCAUUCCAUAGUGACGAUCCCUGCAUUCCUGAUGUUGCUAGGAUGUCAAGUUCACGGAGGAGGGCCUUGGAGGAUUUCCUUAUCGUAUGUGGCCUUGCAGCAGUGCAAGCCACUAAUGCCAUCUACAUUGUGUUGUUGACCCCCAUCCUCUCCCUUGGAGUCAAGCCUUCAUUUCUCAUCAUCUCUGGAAGCCUGGCCACCUCCGUUUUCAUCCUUCCAUUUGCGAUUGCAUAUGAGCAGAAAAGAUGGCCGUCGAGAUUGACUUCCACCUUGGUGGCUCAGUUCUUGUUGAUUGCGUUGGGAGGGGUCACCACAUUUCAAGCUCUCAUGAUGCUUGGAAUAAAAAAGACAUCCCCAGCUAUUGCUUCUGCCAUGCCUAACCUUGCCCCAGGCAUCAUAUUCAUCACUGCAGCCAGUCUUGGAUUUGAAAAAGUUGACAUGAAGUGCUUGUACAGUCGAGCCAAGAUUUUAGGAACCUUAAUAUGCUUGAGUGGGGCCAUGGUCAUGGGUUUCUUGCAAAGCCCUUCAGCCCCGUCCGUGCAUGCAUCUGAAAGACCACCUCCCCCCUUGGACAAAGGUUUAUAUGAGAACAAAUAUGACAAGGACUCACACGAGAACAGAUAUGGGGAUUGGAUUAUAGGUUUUAUGUGUCUCUUGGCUGCAGUUUUCGUGGUCUCCUGUACCACUAUUUUGCAGGCUGCGACGAUGGUUCACUUUCCAGCACCUUUUACCUUAUGCGUCAUAACCUCCUUGAUAGGCGCAAUUAUUACCGCAAUUGUGCAAAUAAUAACUGAAGGGAAGCUGGAGAUGGGCCCCUCAACAAUCAGCUUUACGAGCGUCAUGGCUAUUGUGCUAUUGGGAGCCAUUGUUGGAUCUAUUUGUAUCUCAUUUCAAACAUGGGCAGUCAAGAAGAAGGGACCAGUGAUGGUAUCCAUGUUUAGCCCUAUUUCGACUGUGUGCUCUGCAAUUCUUUCAGCAAUAAUCCUCGGACAGGUCAUUAAGUUGGAAAGUUUGGUAGGAAUGUUGGCCAUGUUUUUUGGCCUUUAUAUGGUAUUGUGGGCGAAAAACAAAGAAGGCUUGAUUCUCUCUGCCAUGGCUUCCGAAACAUCAACGAUGCGGUCUUCGGUUGGUGAUCUUGAGAGGACACUUUUGUCCUGAAGUUUAGAUUCUCUGUCGCAUAUUUGUGAUGAUUUUGCUCGGAGAGAGAUAUUGUACAGGAAAUAACAAUUUGGAAAAGGAAUGGUCCUUGGGUUUACACUUUUAUUGUAUUUCAGUUAAAUUUUGUAAGCCCAUGAAUUUUUCAUCUGUGCUGUAAAAUAAGAGUUUAUUGAAUAAAUAUGACUUUAUCCA